CCUUCACCGCCUGAGGCAUCGUCGGCUCCUCGCAAACGAGCGCCUCUGCCCUCUCAGCCCAAAUCCGCCGCCCCGCCACAGGCUCCAUUUGUGCGCAUCUCACUUCCGCCAGUCAACAAAAUGUCCAUGACGGCGGUCAUCAGCCCCAAUCCGCCAAUGGAACAGCCUCAGCCAAAGAUGUCGAUGACUUCCAAGGAAUGGGUCAUCCCGCCGCGGCCAAAGCCUGGGAGGAAGCCGGCCACUGACACUCCGCCCACCAAGCGCAAGGCGCAGAACCGAGCAGCCCAGAGGGCGUUCCGCGAGAGACGGGCUGCGCGGGUUGGCGAGCUUGAGGAGAUGCUGGAUGAGCACAAGAAAUCCCAGGAUAAUAGGGAGAAGGAACUGACCGAUAAGAUCCACAGCCUGGAGCUGGAUGUGCAGUCGUUUAGAUCCAGAUGCCUGCUGCUGGAGAGUAUGCUGGAGCGAGAGCGACAGGAGCGUAUGCGCGCCGAGAUGCAGGCCGAGACGCUCAGUCGCAGAUACGAACAGGCCACUUUCCGAUCAGACAGCUUACCUUCCAUGCCGCACCAGUCAUAUAAUCGGCAGCAGCAUCACCAGCCUUCCCAGCAAAGGCACAGUCUAUCGGACAAUCUGUCGGACAGUCGAUUGACUGAACAGCAAUCAACGGCACGACACUUUUCCAUCUCUCAAAUAGUUACACCGCCUGAAACUAUGGAUGCCCACUCCCCUCAUGAUCUAUCUGAAACACAUCUCACCUGUGGUAGCUGCUCACCAAAUGGACACUGCGCCUGUGCUGAGGAAGUCCUCGCAUCAGUGGUCAGUGGGUGCGGCAAGUGCGGCUUCGGAACAACCUGUCAGUGUCUAGACGACACUACAAAGAUUGCUAGCCAUGUGCCAGACUUGAAGCGGCCCAUAUCUCCAUCAGGAGGAUCAUCUCAAGAGAAGCGCCAGCGGUCAAUGGCGGCCGCCAGCAGAGAAACAGACUUCAGUUCCUUUUUCACGAGGACGACACAGCUGCCGCCACCUCAACCCAGCUCCAUCAUGUCACAGCCCCUUUCAACAGACUUUAGGGAUAGUUGCGGGUUCUGCAAAGAUGGGACCUAUUGCGUCUGUGCUGACACCGCCAUGGCAACUCCCGCCAUGACACCGGCAGACGCCUCACCUCCAGUGACAAGACAAACCAGGACACCACCUCCCAUGGAGUCUGACGUUGUCACUCCGUUGCCACCUAUGGCAAUGGAAAUGACGGCCGACGGAGCUGUCAAGCUGCCGCGCCGCAAGCAAGCGCGCUCCCAACCGCAGACAGCCACGGCUUCUCGCGGUAGCUGCGGCCCCAACGGCCCGGGCACAUGCGCUCAGUGCCAGGCUGACCCGAAAUCGGGCUUGUUCUGCAGACUGAUGGCCGCCAGCUUCAACCGCGAGCAAGGUGCCAGCGCAGACGGCUGCUGCGGUGGGAAGGGAGCCGGCGGCGGCUGUUGCAAGUCCAAGCCCAGCCAAGAGAAGGUUACACUUCCUAGCGUGGCCAGUCUUGGGCUAAGCUGCGCGGAGGCCUACCAAACACUAUCCAGUCAUCGCAACUUUGAGCAGGCGGCCGACGAGAUAGGAUCCUGGCUGCCGAAGCUCAAGGCUCAUCCAGCGGGCGACCCUAGGGUGACACAGACGGGCAGGAUACCAAUCGAGGUCGAGGCGGCAAGCAUCAUGAGCGUGCUCAAGGAAUUCGACAUUCGAUUUGGAAGG